AGAUACUAACGCGUAAAGCUGCCGAGGGUAUGGAAGAACCGUCGCAAAAGUUGUUCCGUUUGCCGGGAACGAUAGAAGAGGAGGAAGAGAGAGAGAUGGAAAUACUCCAUGAAGGUGGAGAUAACCAAUCGGUAAAUCAUCUCCAGCCAAGAUGCGAAUCCCCGUUAUUAUCGAUGCCGCAAAAAAUUCCAACCGUUCCAAGCUUGCCGAAAAAUAUAACACUUAUUCGCGUCAGCACGCAAAGCAGCAGCAUCGGCGGAGGAAUGGGACGGCAAGAUUCAGGAAGGAGCCGUUACAGAGCAGGCCCAGUGCGUAAAAUCCGUCGACGGGCGGUGUUGAAGAACGGAGAAUGCAACGUGCUACAAUCGAGGAUAUCGCGACGAUCGUUGCGUUUCCUCCAGGACAUAUUCACGACAUUAGUGGACACCCAGUGGCGUUGGACGCUGCUGUGUUUCACACUGAGUUUCCUGUUGUCCUGGUUAGGUUUCGCUGUGAUAUGGUGGCUGAUAGCUUUCACGCACGGUGACUUCGACGAGAAGCACCUUCCGGCAGUUCAGAUUGAGAACAAAUGGACACCGUGCAUAUACAACGUGGUCUCGUUCACCAGCUGUUUCCUAUUCUCAAUCGAAACGCAGCACACGAUAGGCUACGGUAGCAGAGCAACAUCGGAAGAGUGUCCCGAGGCUAUAUUCGUCAUGUGUAUACAGAGCAUAGCCGGUGUCAUGAUCCAGGCGUUCAUGGUCGGCAUAGUAUUCGCAAAGAUGACGAGACCAAAACAGAGAACCCAGACUCUCCUCUUCUCCCGCAACGCGGUAAUCUGCCAAAGGGACGGUGAGCUGUGCCUGAUGUUCAGGGUCGGCGACAUGAGGAAGUCGCACAUCAUCGGUGCGACGAUAAGAGCCCAGAUAAUUCGCUCGAGAACAACAAAGGAGGGAGAGUUCCUGUCCCAGCAUCAACAGGAGCUCACCGUAGGUGCGGACGGCAACGAAAGCGACCUCUUCUUCAUCUGGCCGACGACCAUCGUCCACAGGAUAAACGCCGAGUCUCCACUCUACAACAUGUCAGCUGAGAACAUGCUCACCGAACGCUUUGAGGUCGUCGUCAUACUCGAAGGCACCAUAGAGUCCACCGGUCAAACGACCCAGGCCAGGUCCUCCUACCUUCCUCAAGAAAUAUUAUGGGGUCACAGGUUCGAACCAAUGGUCAGCUACUCCAAGGAGCGCCAAGGAUACGAGGUCGACUACUCGCUGUUCAACAGCACCGUUCAAGUCGACACUCCAUUGUGCUCUGGCAGGGAGCUGGCAGAGUUCUACAGGGUGCAAGACGACCUUCGACACGGCGGUGGUUACCUCGUCGACGAAGACGGACUCUUGAUUGAGAAUUAUCAAGAGAAUAAUAUGCAAGGUGGCCACAUCGUUAACACACAUACGGGAAUAAGAGCACCCGGACACCGACUGGUACACGCGGAAAGUACGAAAAGCGAUAACAGUUUAGAAGACAGUGCAAUCGGGCGAAGUAUUUACAGAGACAACUCGAUAGCGUCUCAUCAUCAUAAUCAUAAUCAUAAUCAUCAUCAUCAUCAGCCGGCUAAUCAGCACCGAGAACCGGCGAAUCAGCAUUACAAGAACCACGAGGGUGACUUGGACGCGAUUGAGGUAAUCGACGAGGACGAUCUCCACCAACUACCGGACUCUGUGAACAGAGAGAUCCUGAAGAACAGUCGUGAGAUAGUGUACGAAGAAGAUGGGAAUCCGGUAGGCGGUCAUCUCUCAAGGGACGAGAGUUUCCUGACGAUGCGACAAUUCGGCAGCAAGAAGAACCUCGAGAUCUUCGAGGCUAGUAGACCGCUAGUCUCAGGUCGUCGACACUUCGUCAGGUACAAUCCGUCCUCUGACGAGGCGGAGAAAAGGUCGUUGAACGGAUCGCGGAGGAACCUAAGCAGCAGAAACCUUCAGGCAAGUCAAGACGAAGAUAAGCGUUCUCUGAACGGUUCGCGGAGGAAUUUGAACGUUUCUAAACGCCAGAAUCAACCGACGUUGGAAAAGGCGGAAAGCUUGCACGGCAGUACGAGGAACUUGAACAUCGGUAGCAGGGAGAACCUGAUCGGUUCGCGAUGGCAACCCGGAAGCAAAGAACUCCUGACGACGACGCCGAAGCGGAGUACUUCGGUGGUAAAGAGUUCCAAGGAGUCGAGGGACGCGAAAUCGAGACGGCGUAAGGACGACAAUGCGAAAAAGGAGAUUGAGAUCGAAAUCGAGGGGCCGGUAGGCCCGAAAAACGAACCUCCGAACCUUCACCAGGUCGCAUUGGCCAGCUACUUGUCAUCACCUUCCGAAAUGUCGCCCGAAUCUGGGAUCGUCGAGGGUUCGGUUGUGCUGUCAAGUCCCGAGGCGGUUAGACGGGACCUUAAGCUUCCGACGAGUUCGGUCAUCGCGAGGAACAGGAGAAGCUACGAACACGCUCAGCUCCAGGACGUGAACGCAGAAACGUGCGUGCCGCGUCCAGGAAGUGGAAGUAGCUCUUCGGACAGCGAUUCAUCGUCCAAAGUGAGCACUCCGCUCGUCGUUUUGCCCGGUAAGACCGGCGUCACUUUAGCCAAACAGAAUAUAUCUUACACGAGUGUUUGA